AUGGGGGAAAUAAACGUCUUCCUGGGUCUUCAAGUAAAGCAGUCCAUAAAGGGAACGUGUAUCAGUCAGCAGAAAUACAUCAAAGAACUUUUGAAAAAGUUUGAUAUGGAAGCAUCAAAGGUGAUCAAUACCCCUAUUGCUACUGCUACAAAGCUAGACAUGGAUGAUUCUGGAUCACCUAUAAAUCAAACAUUGUAUAGGGGAAUCAUUGGAUCUCUACUCUACCUUACUGCUAGCAGGCCAUACAUUGUAUUUAGUGUAGGAUUAUGUGCAAGGUUCCAAUCAAAUCCUAAGGAAUCUCAUAUGAAGGCUACUAAGAGAAUUAUGAGACAUCUUAAGGGCACACAGGACUUGAUUCUGUAUUAUCCUUCAG